CACGAGGUGCGCGCGCAUCGCGGCGGGGCUUGUUGACCAGCUUGCACGAGAAUCCAGAGAAGCGAGCUUGCGACACGCAUAUCCAUAAUCCAGCCGCUCGCCGCCUUCCGAAUCCCGACUCGGUCACGAGUUAUGCGCUUGCCUGUACUUUUUAUACGACGUAGACGAGAUCGCGAGCAAUCCCGUGCAUGUGGCAUGUGCUACUGCGCCGCUGCGAUGUUUUGCUCGCGAGCCUACGUGCAGCCCAACACGCCUGCAGUCGCUCGCGGAAGCGCGCCUGCACGUCCGAGCGAGCUUGCGAGCUAUCGAGUGCCUGCGCAGACCAGCUGUGUUUACUACGUCGCAGCAGAGACUCGUGCCCGCCUCCACAGGCAGCAGUGAGUAAAACGAAGCAGUGCGACGGUGCACGGUGAUGUGGUAAAAGACAAGUUUUUGGCCGAGCUCGAGGCCGCAAGCUCCCGAGAGCGAAUCGCGCGUCACGAGGUGCGCACUACCCAGUAAGUCGGCCGUCGAUAGGCACAUCGAGCUGCAUACAUGCUAACCCUACGACUAGUCUCGACUCACUUCCUCAAGCAGCCAUAGAGGCCUUUUAAUGCCGACAAAAAGAAAGAAGAAGAAGAAGAAGAAAGGAGCACCAGUUCCGUUGCAAACGCGUCGCCCUCGGGCCAGCGAGCCUCGAACGAGCCUCGAACGAGCCGUGCAAUUGGACUAGUUGUAAUUGUACCGAGGCGCUGUCGAGUGAUAGGCCCAAAGAGGACGCUAGUUGUGAUUGUGCGCGGCCCGCGUCCUCGGACUCGGUGGUAGCGGCCGCGAAUCGCCAGUCGCGAUCAGCAGCCUACGACUCGAAAGGGGCCAGUUGUCGGAGCGGCUCGCAACCGCGUCCUCGGUGCCUCGGGAAAAAGCCCGAGCGGCUUUGAGCUCGUCGCGUCUCGGCUCGGCCUCGGCACGUCGUCCGACCGCCCCAGUCCCGGCAUCGUAGCGCAGAGCAGAGGACGCCAGCCGGAGCAGCAGCAGCAGCAGCCCCUGCCUUUGCUCGAUUACACGACGUCGCAUUUCAACCUGUGGAGAGUCGCCAAGGAGUGCAUCUGCGGCAGUGGCUCGAGGUGUAGCAGAACGAGUGGAAUGAGAGGCCCUCAACCAGAGCCAUUCUACCAGCAAGCUCAGUUGCAGCUGGACCGAACGAAGGUCACGGUAACUCAGCCAUUGCCGACGUCAUGCUCGUCGACCUCCUCUUCCUCGUCCUCCGUUGCUCCCGCUUCGUCUUCGGCUCUUAUCCAGCAGCAACAAUCUCAAUGUCCCAGCCACCAACGACGCUAUCAGCAGCAGCAGCAGCAGCAGCAGCCAACAGGCAACGGUAAAGAACACGAGUCACGCCUGGCUAAAGUCAAGAGGGUACUACUGGGCCGGAUCGUGGCGAACCACGGAGCCGGCAAUAAUGCCGGCUUUGGGAUCGAUCUCGACUGCGUCAAGCUGCACAACGAAACGGGCGUGCCGAAGCUCGUCCAGCGGCUCUGCAGCUUCUGCGAGUCUCGGGCCUUCGAGAAUCCCGGCCUGUUCGAGGCGGCGGCCAUCGGGGCCGCUAGCAGCGCCAAUCGCAAGCUGGCCGAGCGCCUGAGACAGAGCUUCGAGCGCCGAGGCGAUGCCGAUCUCGAGAGCGCUGCCGCUGGCUGCCCGGCUGUGGCGCCCAUCCUCCUGCGCCAGUACCUCGAGGAGCUGCCCAGACCCCUUCUCGGCUCCUCUUGCCUCUACAAGAUCUGCCAGCUUCACGCGCACGAGCGCUGCAACGACCAGCAGAGAUGGGCGGCCGACACGCGCCGCCUGCUCUGCUCGGAAUUGGCCCCGAGGAACCAGCGCCUCUUCUCCUAUCUGCUGCUGUUCUUUAGCCGUUACGAGCAGCUCCACGGGCCCAGCAGGGCGAUCCCGGCGACUUUCGGCCCGCUGCUGCUGCCCGGCUUGGCGACCUCUGCUCCGCUGCUUCGCGACAUUCUCCAGGACGCUCGCUCGAUAAUCGCUGCUCAGUACAAUAGCUUAAACAAAAAUUCAAUGAGCAACGUUUUAGACGUUUGCACCAAAUCGAAAGCCAAGUGCAACUUGUACGAAAAUUCGCCAAUGAACUCAUCAGCCAGUCUAGGCGCCAACAAACCAUCUAAACGCAAGGACAGAAGCGAUUCUUGCGGACAAGAACGGAAACUCAUUAGAAGUAACAGCGAAGAAAAAAUUUGGGACAACGUCAAGGUAUCGAAGACUGAAGAAAACGACAACAGAAACGAGUCCACGGAAAAAGCAAUUAGGCGUGUCAGUAGCCACGAAGAUUUCAACAAGUCUAAGCAUUUACUAUUACUUUCAAAACUACAAAAAGAUAUGGGGCAUGGUCCGCGGCAUAACAGCCUACCACUACAAGAAAGGACCAAUUCAUCACCCGUAUCGUCCAGGCAGUCUCUAAUUUACUCGUCGGGUGAGGUAGUGCUUGCCACGGAAAAGUACGACUGUGACGCUGAGCGAUUAAGAAGUAGCGAGCGCUUCAGCCGUAGCAUAAUACCUAAAGGAAGAAGGCAAGUUAGAAGAUUAAAGCUCCACAGGACCUCUCUCAGCGAUGAAGCUUCCAGCAAGGAAAAUGAGUCAAAUAGACCAGAAGUGAUCUAUACCAUCGGCGGGGACUCGAUUAGAAACGGUCAGCAAGGUCAAAGCUUUCUGGAGAUGCUCAGUAGUGGUCCAAGUAGAUCACCGUCACCAGUCAGGCCUCCCUCCUCGACGCCAGACGAUGCCAACAAUCCGACUUUGGCUAAUUGGGGCUUUCACAUGCGUCAGAAUAAUGAUGAAGAGACCAGCGAACGAAUCGAAGAUAUGGUAUCACCACGAAAUUCCAUUUUGGUACCUCGACGUUUUUAUUCCGAAGAAUACAGCAACGAUCAAGAGAACGCCACGAGUGUCAAAGACUUUAGUCUCAAGACUCUAGCUAAGCAAAUAAGCAGCUUGAAGAAGAGAAUAAAGAGGUACGAGAGCGAAUUCGAAGACAACUUUGGAUACCGACCGAGCCACUCUGACAAGAUGAGCAACCGCGACAUUAAACGACUCGUCACGGAAUUGAACAAAGUUCGCAAAGAGCACAAAAUUCUCAAAGAAGGUGUUUUUGGUUCUCUGUUGGGCUCAAGAUUUAAUCGCGAAGAGCACAACAAUAACAAUAACAUCAUUGGCAACGAGAGCGAGGAAAAGCUGAGGGCGUCGAGCAUGAACGAAAUGGUCGUGGAUGUCGAGAGAAAACUGUCCGACAAACGCAUCAAGUCUAGCCGAUCCGACAACAUGGAGGAGCUCAGUUAUGAGCAGUUGAUGGAAGAAAAAACUGCUGUGCAAAAAGCCCUGCUGCAUAUAGAGAACAUUUUCGGUAGGCCUGUCUCAAAGGAAGACCGGACGAUCGUGAGACCUCUUUAUGACAAGUACCGUACUCUCAAGCGACUUCUUAUCCGAGCUGGAGCGAACCAGUAUACUGACAGCAUGUCGGAGCUCGAGACGAUUUUAGAACACGAGACUAUGGAUUUUAGCUCGACUUCUGGCAAUCCUAUCGAUUGCGAGCGUAGAGCCAGCGAGCCCGACAUGUCUCACCGGGGAAUCCUCGAUUGCAUUGACUCGAGUUCCGAACAGAUCACCGACAGCGACAGUCAACACAGCAGCAGCGAAAGCAGCCGAGGCAUCAUCGAAAGUUUACACUCCAUGUCCAAGGAUGAUCUGCUCCUACAACAACGUAUAACAAAGGAAGAGAAGAAGCGUCUUAGGAGGGCUUUGAAGGAGCUUGAGAUGCAAUUCGAAGCUCGGGCAGGACGUCGAAUGCAGCGUGCAGAUCGAGGGCCGGAAGUCAGCAUGAUUUAUGAAUCGUACAAGGAGACCAAGGCCAAGCUGAGGCUCGUCAGUGCUCUGCUCGCCAAAAACCCGUAAAGUUGACUGCUUUCAAUUCAAACCUGAUCGAUCACACUUUUACCGUCAUUCGUAAAUUGUUUAGUAGUAUCAAUCAACUUACUCAUACUAGAAAUUAUCGAAUUUUUCACCGUUAUGUGCUGCUCCGAUGGUAUCAAGUUAUUUGUAACUUCCUUUUUAAUCGGUAAUCAAAUUGUAAGCAUAACACAUUCACGUUCGAGAUAACAGAAUAUUUAUGAGUAGUUCUUUCAGCGUCAUUUAUGAUAUAUCUAUGUCACGCACGAGUUUUAAAUAAUCAUGUAUAAUAGCAUUUAAAUGACUUUCUUUAAACGUGUACUUAGAGGUCAUAUUUUUUACGUAUUGAAUACGAUUUUUAAAAUAUUUACAAUUGUUUAAUACCCGAAGAGCUAAUGUCUUAUCGCGUGUGGUUGUGGUAAAAUUUGCCUUCUAGCUCGUUCCUUGAUUUUCAGAGAAGCGAAUUUUUAAGAUUUUGCAGAUUUUUUUCAAAGUAUUUUUGUGAAGGAAAAGUCUUGUAAAUAUAUAAAUAUAUAAAUAUAUAAAUAUAUAAAUACUCGUGCUCUACAUGUAAAAAGAGACAAAAGUUGUUAUCCCCUGUUGAAGUUAUUUCUGUAUACUAUCUACUGUUAUGCGAAUUUUAUAUUUUCAUGAUUUUGUUCAACACUUCGAUACUAUCAGAGGUGACGAAAAUGAAUUGCAGCAUUUCUGUGAAAUUGUAUCACCCCGAGAGUUUCUUGAUACUAUUUAUUACGACGAUAUCUUUGUUAAUUUCUAAAAAAAACUGAUUUUGAGAUCGCCGGUCAUUGUAUCACGUGGAUUACAAAUUACGAUGAUAAAUGUAAAAAUUACUUUAAUUGCUAAUUUUUUUAGACCAAAGAAUUUUUUAGUCUGUGAUAUUUUAGAAAAGAAAAACUUAAUUUAUCACAUUAAUGAAUUGAACAAGCAAAGUGAAAAAUGAUGAAUGAAAAUAAAGUAAUGAAUUAUAGGUUCAUUAUGUGGAAAUUUAAUCGAUGGUACUUAAAAUAAUUUUUCACUUAUUAAGCAUGCAUUUUUCACAUUUUCUCUUUGUACCAUGGCUGUAAAGAAGGUUGAAUAGUAAAAUUUUCAACAUUCAAUUUUGUGUAUCGGUAGUAGUGAAGCUUUAUAAAAAGAAAUUAUCGAUUGAAUGUAACAAUUGGAAUAAUUUUAAAACGCAAUGAAUCGUGUAAUUAAUGGUACACACAAAUGUGCUCUAAAAAUUAUAAAAAUCAUCAUGAUACAAAAAAAUGAAUGUCUUUUUCAAACCAAAAAUGCUGUUCGUAAUUAAAAAAAUAUAUUCAACAAUAUAUAAGUGAAAUGCAAAUAAAUCCAAACUACAAAUCAUGGUAUCGUUACAACGAGAUAUUUAAGCGUAACAUGUUUUGAAAUACAUUUACAGUUGUAAAUUGGACCGAAUUCAAAUGGUAUAGUGUCUUUUGGCACGGACUCUCCCUGCCGCGAUUGUCCAAUCAUUAUAAUUUUAUGUGUCAAAGUGUAAUGUUGAAUAUUUUUUAACGAAUGAGUCGAAAAUAAUAUAACUUCCAAAAGCAGAUAGAAAAAGCUUAGUGACAUUGUCGAAACAAAUAAUUGAAAAAUUAGAAGCAUAUUGUAUAGCAUUGAAGAAAAGUAAAAUAAAGUUUGUAAUAGUUGAGGUAACAAGAAGUGCAAAAUAAUAUGAACAAUAUUUUUAAGUGUUUCAACGCGUAGUGUACACGUGGAUCGUUGAAUACUAUAUAUAAAUAUGAAUAAAGCUAAUUCAGAUGAAA